AUGCAGGGCGACCUCAUCAAAGUGAGGCAGUCUUACGCCGAGGUGCUGGCGACGCAGAGAAGACUGCAGACCCAGAAGGAGCAAGCUGAUAAGAUGGCCGAAGACUGGUACAAGCGGGCGGAGAUGGCAGUCGAGAAGGGUGAUGACGAGCUUGCCAAGGAAGCCCUAACCCGGAGACAGACCUCCGUAACCAAGGCCAGCGACUUGGGAGCACAGAUCGAUGCCAUGACAGGGAACGUGGAGAAGCUCUUCGAGUCCGUCAAGGCCCUGGAGGCGAAGAUCUCUCAGGCCAAAGAGGAGAAGGAGCAGCUCAUCGCACGUGCACGCACGGCCAAGACGACUGCUCAGGUCAACGAGAUGCUCUCCGAUGUAACCAGCGUUGGUUCCACUGGGGCUUUUGACCGCAUGAAGGAGAAGGUCGAGAUGCUGGAAACCCGUGCAGAGGUCUCGCAGGGGCUGCUGCCAGAGGCGCAGGCGAGCGGCAGCCUUGAGGACCGCUUCAAGCAGCUGGAAGCCGGAAGUGCAGUUGAUGACGAGCUCGCCAAGAUGAAGGGCAAGAAGGCCUUGACUGAGAACAGCGCCAUCGAUGACGAGCUGGCAGCCAUGCGAAAGAAGCUGCAGGACACACAUUGA